AUGUCUAAGUUGGUGGAACGUAUGGCAAUGCUGGAGACUAACUUGGGCGAGGAAGCUAAGCUUAAGUCUCGACCUCAGUCAGGUCCGGUCACUAAGACCAACGACCGGAAGAGGAAAUGGGAUCAGGUUGAAGGAGGUAAAGCCUCGAGCGAUAAACCUGAAUGCCCUAAGUGUGGCAAACACCAUCUAGGCGAAUGCUGGAAGGCCAUGGGUGCUUGUGUGCGAUGCGGCAGUAUGGACCAUAUGAUCCGGGACUGUCCUCGACCGAGCUCAACCCAGGGCCAACCAAGUGGAGGCGGCUCUCUAACUUGUUUCAGCUAUGGCAAGUCCGGACACUUCUAG